CUGGAAAGAAAAAACUAAUCUAAUGUUUCAUAAGCCCGGCAGACAUUAAAGUGCCUAGUUUUUUUUUUUUUUUUUUGGGGGGGGGGAGUCUGUGAGCAACAUUCAGCAGCAGCAGCGUCGUCGUCGUCGUCGUCGUCUCUUGGCUGGCAUCCACCACAGGAAGCGUCCGGAGAAAGGGACAUGGCAAGUAGAGGCGGAGCUACCCGACCCAAUGGGCCCAACGCCGGCAACAAGAUCUGCCAGUUCAAGCUGGUGCUGCUGGGGGAGUCAGCGGUGGGGAAGUCGAGUCUGGUGCUCCGCUUCGUCAAGGGACAGUUCCAUGAAUUCCAGGAGAGCACCAUCGGAGCCGCCUUCCUGACUCAGACGGUAUGCUUGGACGACACGACGGUCAAGUUUGAAAUCUGGGACACGGCCGGUCAGGAACGCUAUCACAGUCUGGCCCCCAUGUACUACAGAGGCGCCCAGGCCGCCAUCGUGGUCUAUGACAUCACCAACGAGGAGUCGUUCGUGCGGGCAAAGAACUGGGUGAAGGAGCUCCAGAGACAAGCCAGUCCCAACAUCGUCAUCGCGCUGGCCGGAAACAAAGCCGACCUGGCCAGCAAGCGAGCGCUCGACUUCCAGGACGCGCAAUCGUAUGCCGACGACAACAGCCUGCUCUUCAUGGAGACGUCGGCGAAGACGUCGAUGAAUGUCAAUGAGAUCUUCAUGGCCAUCGCCAAGAAGCUCCCCAAGAACGAGCCACAGGCGGCCGGCGGCGGCGGCGGCGGGCGGAACCGGGGAGUGGACCUGACCGAAACGGCCCAGCCCAGCAGCCGCACCUGCUGCAGUAACUAGGAGGGCCGCGGCGGUUCCCCACCCCCACCCCGGCCACAAAAACACACACACAUCAGCUUCCUUACCUUGCUCCUCACCUCCCUACCCAGUCCGGAAUAGCGAAAGACUUUGUAUAGCUGCAUUUCUAAAACCUAUUUUUUGUGUUGUUGUUGUUGAUGUUCCUCCUCUUUCUUUUUGCAAAGGUUUUUUAAGAAGUGUAUGUCAGUAUAGUGGAUGCAUGUUAUCACUACAAUGCCUGAGGCAAACCCCUUUUCACCCUCUCGUCGUGAAACUAACGCCCCUCGCCCACAAAAUGGCUCUCAUCCUUACACGUCCCCGCCUGUUUCCCCUCAUUUUCCAGUUCUGUCACGAGAAAACCCAUCAGGAGGGAUGUUUUUUUUUUCUACUUCCUGGAGGGUAUGUGGAUCAUUCCCUCCCACUCCCCCACCGAGUCAACACCGCACGUGUAGAAACGACCACACAACAAGAGAUUCCGAACAAUUGUACAGUUCGUUAUGCUUUUUAUUUUUUUUUUAUUAAUUCUCUUCUCGUCUCCAACUGGUAAAGCUGUGGUGUUUCUUUUUUUUUUUUAAUUUAAAUUUUUUUUUUUUUUUUAAAGAUUAUUCUAAUUAGCUCUGUGUAGUGUUAUUAACAAAACAAAAAACAAAAUCAACUCUCUGGUGUCAUGUUGGAAAGGAACUUUUAAUGGCAUUGCACACAGUGUUGAUCAUCAUGUCUUCAUUUUAUACGAGCGAGUGCUUGUGACCCGCUAACGGCUCGAUGGGUUUUAACCGCACGACGGGCCCGAUUGGUUUUUGAGUGUCUGAAUACGACGUAAUAAAUUCAAUAAAGAUUGACUCUCUUGUA